AUGUCUAUAUUACCCUCAUUCGGGUUCACGCAGGAGCAAGUGGCGUGCGUUUGCGAGGUGUUGCAGCAGGGAGGAAACCUGGAGAGGCUCGGUCGCUUCUUGUGGUCUCUCCCAGCCUGUGAUCACCUCCACAAGAACGAGAGCGUCCUCAAAGCCAAGGCUGUGGUGGCUUUCCACCGGGGGAACUUCAGAGAGCUGUACAAGAUCCUGGAGAGCCACCAGUUCUCUCCACACAACCACCCGAAGCUGCAGCAGCUGUGGCUGAAGGCGCACUACGUGGAGGCGGAGAAGCUGCGAGGACGGCCGCUGGGAGCCGUGGGGAAGUACCGGGUGAGGAGGAAAUUCCCACUGCCCAGAACCAUAUGGGACGGAGAGGAGACCAGCUACUGCUUCAAGGAGAAGUCCAGGGGAGUGUUGAGAGAGUGGUACACGCACAACCCAUACCCGUCCCCGAGAGAGAAGAGAGAGCUGGCCGAGGCCACCGGACUGACCACCACGCAGGUCAGCAACUGGUUCAAAAACAGACGGCAGCGGGACAGAGCCGCAGAGGCCAAGGAGAGAGAGAACAGUGAAAACAGCAACGCAGGCGGCAACAAACAGAACCAGCUGUCCCCACUGGACGGAGGGAAGUCUCUCAUGUCCAGCUCGGAGGACGAGUUUUCUCCACCUCAGAGUCCCGACCAGAACUCAGCGCUUUUGCUUCAGGGCACCAUGAACCACCCCGGGGCCUCCUCUUACCCCAUGUCCGGCCUGGGGCCCCCACAGCCGGUGCACAGCAUGCACGGACACCCUCACCAGCUCCAGGACUCCUUGUUGGGACCUCUAACCUCCAGUCUUGUGGAUUUGGGCUCUUAAAGAGGCUGAGAUUAUUCUAUUU